AUGUCGCUAUACCUUGAUGCAGGCUUAUUGAUCAAUUCUACAAUAUUGGCGGGCAACACCAACUUUCUCGGCAAUCUGUCACAUUUUUUGUCGCCUGCUGUAGGAAAUAGUUCACAGUGGUUGCUGUGCCACCGCGCCUCCACGCACGGCUGGGCUGUAAGCACCUUCCACACCAGUUGCGACCAUAGACCAAACACCGUGACCAUCAUCAAAAAUGGCCAGUACGUGUUUGGAGGAUACACUGAUAUUGCUUGGGACUCUUCUGGUUCUUAUGGCAACACUUCCAAUGCGUUCAUAUUUUCUCUACGGAACGAAGAAGAACUGCAUCCAUUUAAGAGCAUUAUCAAAGCACCACAAUAUGCAAUUUACAAGCAUCUGGUGUAUGGUCCAACAUUUGGAAAUGCCUGGGACAUUUACAUUUCGGACAAUGCUAACAGCAACAGUUAUUCAUUCGCCUAUCUUAGAACCUACGAGGCACCAAAAGAAACACAAGAUCCAACCACAAUCUUGUCUGGUGCAUCGCACUUCUCUCCUGAUGACUGGGAGGUGUUUUACCUCGGUUAAAAUAUCUGUUCAUCAACAACUCUGCCAUCAAACACUAUUUCCUUGGCAUGUGAUUCAAUUGGCCGUAAAUCCUAUAGGGGUACAUUUAGUAAAAGUAGAAAAAUCAUCUUAUAGUUUCAGC